AUGGUUCGUGAACUCAAGCACCACGAGAAGAAGCUUCUUCGGAAGGUCGACUUCCACAACUACAAGUCCGAUGGCAACCACCGCGAGCAUGAGAUCCGCCAACGGUAUCUCCUCCAGGACCCAAUGGACUACAAGAAAUACAACUCUCUCUGUGGAUCCCUGCGCCAACUCGCCCACAAGCUCUCCCAGCUAGACCCGGAAUCCGACCCAUUGCGCAAGAAGCUCGAGUCCGAGCUCCUGGACAAGCUGUGGCGGAUGGGAAUCCUCAAGCAGUCCCGUGAGCAGGGUGCGGGUCUCUCCAAGGUCGAGCGCGAAGUCACCGUGUCUGCCAUGUGUCGGCGCAGACUGGCGGUGUUCAUGGUGCGCUCUGGCAUGGUCGAGACCAUCAAGGCUUCCACAACUUUCAUCGAGCAGGGCCACGUCCGUGUCGGUACCGAGGUCGUCAACGAUCCUGCAUUCUUGGUUUCCCGUAACAUGGAGGAUUUUGUCACCUGGGUCGAUUCGAGCAAGAUCAAGCGCAACAUCCUGCGCUACCGUGACAAAUUGGAUGACUUUGAUCUUCUGUGA